AUACUCCGGAACCGUUGGAGCAUGUCAGACAGGAUUUGGAUCUGGUGCUACGGUGCUACGUGACCUUGAAGACCGCGUGUCCAGGCUGCGUACUCUCCUUGAGGAAGAGGAGAUCCUUCAGGAGGAGUAUCGUCGGCUUGGAGAUGAGACUCGUGGUCACUUGCAAGAUGCGCGGGGACAAGUGAGUCAGUACUUGGAAGAGGUACAUUCGCAUUUGGCACAUGUGGAGUCAUUGCGGACUAUGUUGUGCUUGCGGUCUUUGGAGGUAUCCUCGUCUUCUUCGGCUUCGAGUGGUGCUGGUGAUAUGGACGCCGGCGAGGUUGACUACGAGUCGCUUCUGGAAGCUCGGGAAGAGGAUCUUCAAGUUGUUCAUACAGUCCCACUUCAGCAAGUGCGAGUGGUCUUGGAAAGGUGGACCGACGCAAUUCGCAAGGAGGUGGAGAACCUGUUGGCUACAGGCACAGUACGCGCCGUAACAGCGGGGGAGAUUCGCCAGAUGGAGCGCUCUGGAACAGUGGUGAUGGCCCCUUCCAAGUGUGUCUUCACCUUGAAACCUCCGUCGCAGCGUGAGCAGCGCUACAAGAGGAAAUGUCGUUUAAUGAUUUGUGGGAACUUCGUUGAGAGCCAAGGCGUCGACCUGUAUGCGGCAGGAAUCGGCACAGAUGGGUUGAGAACGGCAUUGGUGUUGGCAGCAAUACAUAAAUGGGCAGCAGCAACCUCCGAUAUCACGGGGGCCUUCCUACUUGACGAGGUCACUGAUACGCUUGUCGGCCUCUUGGUGACGUGUGUGGAUGAUAUCCUGUACUUCGGAGAGCGGGCUGUGGUCUUGGCAUUGCAUGCGUUUGUGGAAGAGGAGUGGCCAGCGAGUUCCUUGGAGUGGAUCAAUCCUACGGACGCACAUAGCACACUCUUGCCUGUGCCGCGUGAAUGGGGUGAAGCUGUGGAAAAUGAUCCGGAUGCCUUGGAGAGUGACUUUGGUGAGUCGACUCUUCGGAUAGCUCAGAAGGCAGUUGGGGAGGCUCUUUGGCUGGCAACAAAGUCGCGUCCUGACAUUCUUUUCGUGGUGAACCAUAUGGCCACGUAUGUUUCGAGGCAGCCAUCACAUGUGAUAAGGGUGGGCCAGAGACUUCUGGCUUAUCUGUCAGGAAGGUCGGAUAUGCGACUGUUGCUGGGUCCAAGAGGCGAGGUCCAAGAUGAGAUCGUCUGCUUUACGGACGCAUCUUAUGCGCCGUUUGGACGCAUGACACUUGCUGGAGCACCCAUAGCCUGGAGAGCAUCCAGACAAAGUUUCAUUACGUUGUCCGUGAUGGAGGCGGAGCUGUAUGCUGCAACUCAAGGAUGCUUGCUGAUGGAGGCUCUGGCUAUAGACAACUCAAGUGCUGCUUCCAUGUGCGCUGGUGGGGCAGGCAGUCAACGAACAAGGCGUCUGAAAAUCAGAGCCAACUACAUCCGCGAGGCCACACAAGCAGGCACCCUUAGCGUAAGGCACACUCCGGGCGAGUACCAGCUUGCUGAUCUAGCAACUAAGUUGCAGCCGAAGUUACGACUUUGGCGACUGCUGACGCUGUGGGGCUUUGUUGGAGAAAGGUUAUCUGCCAUGGUGAAGACCCUGAAGAUCCAGUUGAUGUCCGUUGUGCUUCUGCUGAGCUCCUUGUUUGUUCCUGUGGAAGGUGCCGGCACGAGCCCUGUUAAGCAACCCUUGGCGAAGACUGGCUGGGAAGAGCUGUGUUUUUUGUUGGUGGUUACGUGCGUGGCUGUGAUUGGCAUUUGGGAGGCGAGUAAGGCCAUGUUUCGGUCAUACAAGAAGUGGGCCAACUGGAUCAACAGCAGAAGCAUCGCCCUUGCGCUCAGCUGGUUCGGUAGCACCGGCAACUCCACCGAGAAGGAAAGGUCCCGUGUGGUCAAGGAUGUCCUCAAGCUUCUCACUUGUGAAGAACUUCGUGCCGCUUUGAGAGGCCAGGGCUUUGUGACUUCCG